AGGCAGCGAUGGAGAGCAGCAUCAAGCAGGUGGCGGUCGAGGAGCCGCUGGACGCAGACAAGGGCUGCUGCGGCUCCUGCUGCCUGCCCUGCGCCGUUUGCUGCCCCAAAUGCUCGCGCUGCUGCCGCCCCGGCUGCUCCUGCCUCAAGGGCUGCCUGUGCUUCGUGCCUCGCCUGCUCUGCUACCUGCCCCGCAAGCUGCUCGGCUGCCACCACCUCAAGUGCCUCCUGAUCGUGGUGGUGGUGGUGGUCCUGCUGGUCGUCGUCAUCGCCGGAGCCCUGCUGAUGUGGCUGCACGCGGAGCAGGGCCGCGCCGACGCCGUCCUGCGGACGGGCGCAGGGCGGGCGUGGGAGGAGGACGCGGCCACUUUCUACGUGGACGGUGGAGCUGGAAGCGCGGCCACGGUGGUCUACGACUACAAGAACCUGCUGGUCAGCUACAGGUCGCGGCUGCACCGCGCCUGCUACGUCACCCGCAUGGACAAGGACAACAUCCCGGGGCUGGAUGCGGCCACCCAGGCUUUCCAGCGCCGCCAGGCUGAGCAGAGGCUGGCCAUGCCCCUGGCUGACCGCUCCCUGCUGGGCACCACGGCGAGCAUCCUCUGCAGCAUCGUCCCCGUCUACUGGAUUUAGGGCAGGCUGGCAGCCCCGACGGCCACGGCAUCGCCUCCAGCCCUCCUCCUGCACGCCGGCGGGACGGGAGCAUCGCCAGCAGCAGCACCCCCCCCCC